AUGCCACCCCAGCCACCAAAGAAGCGCUCCGCGCCCAGCGCAGCCUCAUCGACCCCGAAGAAGCCCAAAGCGCGACAGUCCAAGCUCGCAAAGGAGAACGACAUCAGCGGCGAAGAGGAGGCCGAAAUCAAGGAGGUGUUCCACAUAUUCUCGGAGAGUAAUGAGGACUUCCCCGAUGAGAAAGAGGGCGUGAUAGCGCGCGAGGAUGUCCGGAAGGCUCUUGUGCCUCGCCCCGUCCUCCCCCAAAGAACUGCAGUCGAUUCUCUCGGCGAUAGACCCCACGGCGACCGGGUACGUCCCCUACGCGCCAUUCCUGUCCGUUGCGGCGGCGAAGCUGCGGUCGCGGUCUGA